AUGGAGGUCGUCGCUUUCCGCGAUAUUGAGCCAGGGGAAGAGAUUUAUAUUAACUAUGCUCAUAGCGCCAUGCCAUCCACAGAGCGUCACCAAUACCUAGAGUCCGACUAUGGAUUUAACUGCAGGUGCUUCCUCUGUACCUCGCCAGAGUUGGAGCGAGCGACAUCCGACCGGCACCGAAGGGAAUUGGAGGCGCUGCAUGUUGAUAUUGAUAUGGCAUUGAGGCAACGACGGUGGACUGAUGCCGCAAAACACGCCUCGGAAGCUGUUCUGAAGCUUUCUGAAGCUGAGAUCCUGGCGCCAGGUAUCCUUGAUUACUCGCUGACGCCUCUCUACCUUGAGCACUACGAGGAGCUGGCAAGGAUCUAUCAUAAAGUGGGAGAUGUCUCCAUGGCGAAGAGUUACGGAGACAAGGCCUUUCAGGCCAUGUUACACCUCCGUGGGACUGAUAGCUACGAUGCUCACAAGCUGAGUAGAUUUUUGAAGAUGAUUCGACAGGGCAUGCAGUGA